AUGUGCGGCUCGUGUCGUGUUGGUCCACAGCUCUAUGCUCGCUGAAGAAGGGCUGCAGUAGACGACGAGGGUAGCGGGAGAGAGAGCGAGAGUAAGUGUGUGGGAAGAGGUAUUUUCGUGGCCGAAAUUGUGGGAGGAGGUGUCAGGAAGAGAGCUUGAGGGCUAAUUGUCGAGACUAGAGCGUACCGACGGAGGGAGAGACAGGGAGGGUGUGCGAGGGUCUUGCGGAGCGCACUGUUCUGUCUAGCGGCUCGGGCCCCAGCUUUCGGUGCAGUUUCGGGAAUUUUUGCUGGGCAGGGAGCUGGAAUCAAUCACAUCAGAGAGCUGCGCGUCGAUAGCAUUUGGGUUGUCGAGUGAAGUGGUGUUUGCAAGCAAUUAAUUAAUUGCCUUCGGCAGUCCCUUCUGUCUCUUGUGUUAUCUGAUUGGUGCUUCCCUAAGUUUCCUGGGUCUUCAAAAUCCGAGGCUGUUUAAGUUCAAACGCAAAUAAACUCAGACAAACAAACACAAGAACGAGAAGCAUUUGUUCGAGGUUCAGAGAUAUCUCUCAAAAUGUUCCCCUCGGCCGAUCGCUCGCGCAAGCGCAGGUCUCGUGACAGGAUGUUCGGGAUCACCACCUUCGGAGAUCCUGGGUGUCCGGGCGAUUUCGAUGGCCCUUUCCGAGAGAACAUAAAAGUUUUUUUGGACGAGUGUGCAGAGCCAGAGCUUUACCACAUUGAAGGCAUGCCGGCGUGGACCAUCACCCUACAAGAGUCUGAUAACCACGGCGACCGUUGCACUUUGCUCAUUGUUGAGGAGGCUUCCAUGCAUGCUCUGCAUCCCCACUGCGACCACUGCCGGUGCAUUGGUUGGAGUCAUCAUCCCGUCUCUAACAAACGCUGGCAUUUCAUCAUUCCCGCCCCUGAAUUCGAGGACCGCCCUGUCCCGACAUGGACUGGAGCUGGACUGGGAGGCAAAGUAUGCCCACAGUGCAGUGAUCCCGUUCCUCCUACGCUGUUCAGCUGCCCGUCUUGUGGAGAAGAGGCGGUGGUCGGGAGCAUCCUGGAUCUGCAAAGCCACCUCCUCCACGGGGUGCUUCACUCGAACGGGUUCGGACACUUGCUGCGGAUAAAUGGAAGAGAAAAAGGAUCCAAGCUCGCAUCCGGAAGGGAAAUCAUGGAUCUGUGGGAUCGAAUUUGUGCCAUGCUGAGAGCCAGGAAGGUGAGUGUUGAAGAUGUGGCUAAGAAGCGAACUCUCGAGUUCCGACUCCUCCAUGCAGUUGCCUACGGAGAAUGCUGGUACGGGAGGUGGGGAUAUAAGUUCGGACAUGGAAGUUUUGGAAUAAGCCAACAGAUGUACGUCAAAGCAAUUGAGGCGAUCCGAGGCAUGCCACUGAACGUGAUGGCUCCACACUUCGAAGGUGUCGAUCAGGAUGUACUUGCAAUUGUGGGGAUGUAUCAGCGUAUCAGUUGUCAGAACCUCCAAACGGUGGGCGAUUUGAUCCGCUUUAUGAUGGAGCUGAAGGCAAGACUUCCUCUCCAUCCGACUUCAAAGACUUUUUCGAAAAGUUCGAAGGACUUUGAGAAGAAAAAUACUUGCGGCAAUAUCAGCAACAACCCUGCUGUCGACAUGCCCUGCCGAUGGUCUGUCAAACGCUUGGACCUUGCAACUCAAGUUAUUGUGGAAUCUCUCAAGGGGUGUGAGAAGAAGUGGAUGCCGAGACAGGACGUGCGCGAUGCAGCACGAGUUUACAUUGGUGACACAGGUCUCCUAGACUUUGUCCUCAAGUCCUUGGGCAACCGAGUUGUUGGGGGCCACGUUGUGCGGAGAGCUGUGAAUCCUAUCACUAAAGUUCUGGAGUACAGCUUAGAGGAUGUCAACGGCUCGGCUGCGAACUCGAAUCCCAGGGAGAGAGGGCAACCGGAACCAGUCUGCGAGGUUGGUCGCGCUGAAGUUCUGCGGGAUAUCGUCUACAUUUACAAGCAUGUUCUGGAGAGCUACAAGCCUGCAAAGAGAGGCAUCAAGAGUGUCCUUACUGCCAUUCCUACGGCAUCUCGGAUCAUUCUUGACACCAAGCAAUUCAUCAAGGACUACCGAGGCGAGAUAACUCGGAAAUGUGCCAACAAUGAGUGGGACAUGGAUGACGAUGAGAAUUUGCGAGUCAUGUGUACUGUUGUCUUGAAGGAUGACGUCCCAUUGAGGAACCGACCGAGUCCGCCGGCGGAGCUUGUCGUGUUACCCCCACAUGCGACAAUUGGUGAUUUGAAGGCCGAGGCGCAGCGGGCUUUCCGCGAGACAUAUCACAUAAUGAAGAACUUUGUAGUGGAGUCUAUUCCUCAUCUGGACGGGGACGAUGAAGAUCUUCUGUUUGGAACUAUUGAAUCAGGAUCCACCGUUAUCGUCGAUGGAAGUGGCAUCGAUAUGCGAAGUGACUGGCGCUAUGAAGGAGGGAACGAUUCCUGGAUUGUGGAUUGCCCAUGUGGAACUAAAGACGACGAUGGGGAAAGAAUGAUCGCGUGUGAUUUUUGUGAAGUUUGGCAGCAUACUCGCUGCGGGGGUAUUUCGGACUUCGAUGCUGUACCUCUACGAUUUCUGUGCCAUCGGUGCGGCGUCAAUCUCUUCCAUGCCAUGCUCUGAAGAUAUCGCGUCUUAAUCUUCGAAAACACAGCAUGUACUUGACAGUCGGGUUCUGAGAUUGGCUGUAUCAUAGUGCUCAUCAUUGGCUCCCGUGUAGAGCAUAUUCAGUUCUGAAUUGGUUCUUCUAUUACUUGUGUUACAAAUUGCUGUCUAUCCUCAAGCGUGAAAUGCAGUUGUGCAAGAUCGAGGUGCACAAGGUCGCAUUCUAGGUGGUAAUCUUCUCAGGGCCUUUGCUGGUUGCAGGCAUGCUAACAUUUUUACUAGUGGGAGGUGCUCUUCAACAAGCUUUCCUUCUGUACAGUACACGUACGGGAGCAACCCAUUCAUAGUUUUCUAGAGUUGGAUCAGGCAGCACUGCGCUCGAGUUUGAAGCAUCACGCUGAUGAUGAGAUCACAAACUGUUUAGUAUUGUAGCUUUCUGUGCCCAAGGGCCUUCUCUUGUUCAUCUUUGUGUUUUGUUAUUGAUCCGAUAUUUCAAUGCUUGCUGAAAGUAUAGAUUGGAUAACUACAGUAGAUUGGAUUACAACAGUAACCGUAAAUUAUCAUCGAUAUAGUCUGGUACUUCAGAAAGCAUCAGAGACUCCAUUCCUUGCUAGUUGAGAUUUCUACAUUCGAUCCAUUCCGAUCUCCUGAACGGCACUAGAUAGGUCCCAAGCAUCACAUUGAACUAUCAUGGCUGGUGAUAUAGGUGUAUACUUACAAUGAAUAACAUGUUCCAUUCUUGUAUAUAAAAUUUGUUACCCUUCACCAAUGAACGCAGCUCCACCGAGUGCCUUAUUC